AAUAUUAAUCCGGUGUGCUCUCUUUUUGUUUUCAAUUUAUUUUCGAAAAAAAAUAAUGGAUAAUUUUUAUGAUUAUCGUAAUGAUGAUGAUUAUCCUUCAGAUUAUGAAUCGGAAUUGAAAAAAUCACAAAAUGAUUAUCGUAAACAUAAUCGUCAAUCAAUAAAUUAUGUGGUAUUCACUUCAGACGAAGAUGAUAGUGAUGAUAAUAAUAAUAAUGAUGAUGAUGAUGAGGAAUUUGAUGAAUUUUCUUUAGUCGAACGUUUUGACCAGUUAAAUUUAAGUAAUGAUAAUUCGUCAAAUGAUUCGGCUAUCACGAAUUCAUCAUCAUCAUCAUCACAACAAACGAUUAAUUCGGAUAUUUAUUUGGAUUUUCAGGAAUGGUUUACCGAAGAUGAAUCAAAUGAUUCUGAUGAUACCGAUGGUAAGAUUUCAGAUGAAUCAAAUGACAACGUUAAAGAUGAAAGUUCAAAAACAAAUUCAACUGAAUCAUGUACUGAAAAACGAAAUUUCGAAAUAAUAAAUGAUGAUAAUGAUGAUGAUAAUGAUAAUCAACGGCAAAAACGUUUAAAAUUACAAAAUAUUAUCGAUUCGAAUCAAUGUCAACAACAUGAAACAACAACUAUUGAAAUUAUUGUCAAAAUCGAUUCUCAAGAUCAUAUGUCCAAUGAUGAUUCUUUGAGUAAUGUCAAUGGUUCUAUUCGUUCAUCCAAUUCGAUCAAUACUAAUUCAACUGGCAAUAAAACUAGUGAUGAAAAUAAUAACAUUUUAGUCGAUAGAAAAUCGAAUUCAGUUGAUAAGCAAGACAAUGACAAUCUUGAUUCGAAACAUAGUGAAUGUAAAAUUCCAAAAAAUGAAACCACCGAUAACACCGAUAAUUAUUAUGCUAAAAAUGUAACUAAUUUCGAUACGACAAAUUCUACGAUUUCAAAAAUGUCUUCCAUUCAUAAACGAUCAUCGAAUCAAUUUGCUCGAAAACGUAUUCGUGAAAUAUAUCAUCAUCGUGAUUUAAAUUUAAAUACUCAAAUAGCAAUUGAAAUGGAAGAUGAACGUACAAAACGUAUAAUGGAAAAAAAUCGAUUAUUAGAUUUAUUUGCCAAAUCGGAUUCGAAUUCAGAUUCACGUGUAAUUUUAGAAUUUGAUCCGGAAAAUGAAAAAGUAUUACUUGAAAUUGAUCAAGGUAUUGUUAAGAUUUUAAAACCACAUCAACGUAAUGGUAUACGUUUUAUGUAUGAUUGUACAAUUGAAACAUUUGAUAGAUUAUCAUUGAAUGAUCAAUCUGGCUGUAUACUUGCUCAUUCAAUGGGAUUAGGUAAAACAUUACAAGUAGUUGCAUUUUUACAGGCCAUUAUGAAUAAUCCGAUCAUCACUAUACAUAUACGUAAAGUUUUAAUCAUCAUACCGUUUAAUGUACAAAAAAGUUGGAUAGAAGAAUUUUCUAAAUGGAAAAAUGAAUAUAAUCAAUAUGAACCAUUGAAAAUUUAUGAUUUAUCCGAUGCUAAAACAAUACCGCAACGUAUUGAAGUGAUGAAAAAAUGGAAUAAAAAUGGUGGAAUAUUUUUACUUACAAUCAAUAUGUUUCGUAAUUUGAUUAUGGGAAAAAGUCCUAAAUUGAAACCAGUGAUUUCAUCAAUGGAAAAAUAUUUACUUAAUCCUGGUCCUGAUAUGGUUAUUUUUGAUGAAGGUCAUUUAUUGAAAUCAAACACAAGCCAAAUCAAUCAGGUUGCAUCAAAAAUUCGUACACUUAGACGAAUAAUUUUAACUGGUACACCGAUGCAAAAUAAUUUAGGUGAAUUUUAUGUUAUGGUUGAUUUUAUUAAACCAAAUCUUUUGGGAACAAUCGAUGAAUUUCGAAAUCGUUUUGAAAAUCCAAUCAAAAAUGGACAACAUAUUGAUUCAACUAGUAUGGAUGUUGCACGAAUGAAAAAACGUGCAUUUGUUUUGCAUAAAAUGUUAUCACAUUGUAUUAAUCGUUGUAAUUAUAAAGUUCUUGUACCAUUUUUACCACCUAAAUAUGAAUACGUGCUUUAUCUUCGAUUAUCUCCAAUUCAAUCAAAAUUGUAUAAAAAUUUCCUCCGUAAUUUAAAUGGUGAUUAUCAAAAUUUACUUGGUGAUUUUUGGAAAUUAUCUAAACUAAAUAAUCAUCCAAUAUUGUUUUUAACUUCAAACGAUGAAGAUUUUGGUGUUAAUUCUGAUAAUAAUAAUGAAGAUGAUGAUGAUGAUGAUGAUGAUAAUGAUGAUAAUGGUAAAAAAAGUAAAAAAAAAUCUAAAUUGAAAACCAAAACAAUCGAUAAUAAUGAUGAUGAACAUAAAAUAACGGUUACGGAUUCUGGAUUAUUAAAUGAUGAAGAAAUGAAAAAUUUAGAAAAAAUUGAAUCAAGUGUUAAAUUUACAAUUGCAUUUGCUAUACUUGAUUAUUGUCAAAAAAUUGGUGAUAAAUUAUUGAUUUUUUCACAAAGUCUACGUACUUUAGAUCUGAUUGAAAAAUCAUUAAAAUCAAUAAAAGGUGGUGAAUGGAAAAAAGGUAUUGAUUAUUUUCGUAUCGAUGGUCAAGUAAAAAUUGGUGAUCGAGUUAAAGGUACUAAACUUUUAAAUGAUCGUGAAAAUAAACGUGCACGUUUAAUGUUAAUUUCAACACGUGCAGGUGGUAUUGGUAUUAAUCUUGUCGGUGCAAAUCGUUGUAUAAUUUUUGAUUGUUCAUGGAAUCCGGCAAACGAUGUACAAGCUUUGUUUAGAGUUUUUCGUUUUGGUCAAUUAAAACCUGUGUAUAUUUAUCGUUUAGCCGGUUAUGGUACAAUGGAAAAUCGUAUUUAUCAACGACAAAUUUCAAAACAAUCAAUAUCAGGUCGUGUUGUUGAUCUGAAACAAAUUCGACGUUAUUUUACCCGUAUGGAAUUAGAAGAAUUGUAUACAUUUAUUGAAAAACCGGAUAAAAUUAUUAUACCAAAUGUACCUGAUGAUCAAUUAUUGGCAAAAAUAUUAAAACAAUAUUAUCAACAAAUAAUUUCAUAUCAUGAUCAUGAUUCAUUACUUGAAAAUUUACCUGAAGAACAAUUAACAAAUGAUGAAAAAAUUCGUGCAUGGAUUGAAUGGAAAGAAAAAUCGGAUGAAAAUCCCAUUCAAAAUAAUAACGAUAAAUAUGUGUUAAAAUCA